AUGAUGGCGGCGGUGGGGCGUCCCGCGUUGUUUGUGGUGGCCGUCGCGCUGUGCUGCAUGGGUGGCUGUGCAGCGGCCCCUGCUGAGAGUGGCAGUAAGCAGAGGAGGGGCGUGUUGGUUGAGCUGGAGGAUGCGAGGAAGAAGGCGGUUGAUGCCCAGAAUGCGGUGAAUGACGCCAUGAACGCGGUUGUAGAAAUCAAGCAAGCAACGGAUAACUUCAAGACUGCGGCAGACAAGGCAUCAAAAGCAGCAACUGAGCUUAAUAAGAAAGUGAAGGAAAAGGAUAAUGGUGAGCUGAAGGAUACUGCUAAUGUGGCCACGUUGGCGAAUGACGCCCUGACCGCUACUAAGAAGUCUCACGAAUCCGUUGGUUUACUCUGUAAGAAGACUACGGAAGCAGUGGAAGCAACGACUAGAGCAGGAACGUUGUUCACGGAAGCAGAGGGGAUGGCUGGCGGUGCCUCGGAUAAUGUGGGAAAAGUUGCCACAAAAGAAGCAAAGCGCGCCCCGGACGUAAUCGUAAAACUAUCAGAAGUGCUGACGGCACUGAAACAAGCCCAGAAAUGUUCUGAAGAAGCAAAGAAGGCUGCGACGACAGAGGGCAACGCUUUUUAUGCAAUGAACAGCGCUGAUGAGGGGCUUGGUUUUCUCAAAGAGAUAACUGCCCCAAAACCGUUAUCUGUAACCAAGGAACUAAAGGAUGCAACAGAAAAAAUUGCUGACCUUACAAAGGCUGCGGUGAAAGGCGCCGAUGGAGCUUUAGCUGCUGUCAAGGAAGUAUCUGGACACGCUGAUAAAGCCGUCAAGAGCGCUGAGUCAUUGCUGAAGGACAUCGACGUUGCAUUGCAGGCUCUUAAAACACGAGAGAAUGAAUCUGAGGUUUCACCUUCAGAUGCUGAUUCUCCGCCACCUUCACCUUCGGAACCGUCACAGGACGAGGCACAGGGCCAGAGUCUCCAACAGGAACCACUGAGCAGUAGUUCCACUGGUGAGAAGCCUUCUGACCAACAAGAAGCGGGCACCGCGGCGGCCGACACAGAAAAGUCGCCAUCAGUACCAUCGGAGGAGAAGACAGCCGCAGAAUCCCUGGAGAACGCUGCUUCCCAAGCUGCUGAUGCGCCACUGAUACCUCCCAACAUCAAUGUACACAACACCCUGAGUGAUGCCCGGAGAGUGGACAGCAGCGUCAGUCCUCCGUGGGUGCGUACACCGUUGCUGCUGGUGGCUGGUGUGCUGGGCCUCCUGGCUGUGUGCUGA